CUGCUGGUGAAAUGUAAAGCUUUACGUCUAUUGGCUAUUGGUUACGUGACGUAACCAACCAAACACGGAAAUGAACCUGACCGCCUUUGUUUCGUUUUCUGUUUAAAGCAGCUUUCAGCUAUGGGUGAUUUCUCUGUAAACCCUCUGGUUUGGCUCGGUGUGGGCUCCAGUUUUGCCUGCUCCGGUGUAUUUUAUCAUCUAUAUCAGGAAAAAAAGAAGGAGUUGAAAAAGCUCAAGGAAAUCCCAGUUUUCCAACCUGAUGAUUAUUUAAUCAAAGUGCUGAAAGCUUCCCCGUACAAGCGACUUCAGUAUGUUGCUGUUGAAGGUGUUGUUCAGGCUGACGGGGAGCCCCUGCCAAGCAAGUUUGUCUCUCGAUGUCAUGGUGUGAUCCAGAAGGUUGUUGAGGAGGAGCACUGGAAAUACUGGAACUAUGUCACCAGGACUUGGAACUCCCGGACAAUCAACAAGAAAGAGACCAAAAACUCCGUCCCAUUCAGUUUAGUUCGGCCUGGUUCUUACAUCUCUGAAGUUUAUGUGAAGGUGCAGAGCCCCCUGGAGGCCUCCGGGUGCUACAUGGAGAGGGUUCACUCCAAAGUGCGACGUGCUCAGGAGGGUCUGGUGGACGUGGUGGUGCAGGGUCUGAGUGGUGAAAAACCGGUGGCGAUGGUGGAGAGCGAAGAGAUGCUGCGCGUGGGGAGCAACCUGACCGGGUUUGGAGAGGUGGUGCUGGAGGGGGGCCAGGCGGUCAGGCUACAGGCCCCGCAGGACGGACGUGGGUACAUCUUGGUGCCCAGUGACUACAGGAGCUUCAUGGACAGACAUGAGGCUUCAGCCAACAUGUGGCAGGCGUUGACGGCUGUGACCGGCCUCACAGGGGCCACACUGCUAGCUGGCAUUGUGUAUAAAUUCUUUGGAAAACAGAGCGACAGAUCAAGAUAGGCUGAACACUGUGGGUUAGAAGCGAUGCCUUUAUGGGUUUGAUCCCCUGCAUCCAGUUACUACUUUGUCAUCAAGCGUACUUGAGACUGUAAACAUGAAGAACUGGGGAAACCUAUUAAAAAACCAAAAUGACAAAA